GCAGACUAUUAUGCCCAACAAAUAAAAGAACUGGAAGAGAAAUUUCAGAAAAAAGUCAGAGAAAUUGGCCAAAUUCAACUAGAACUGAAAUUAAUAAAGGAGUUGUGCAAGCAUAAAGCAGCUAUGGAGAAAGAGCUGGAAGAUUUAAAAGAGAGUAUGGAGAUUUGAAACAGGAGACAUCAGGAAGUGGUUGAGAGAUUGGAGAGCAGGUUUCUUGAAGAAAAGAAAAGACUGGAAGAAGAUGUUGAGAAAAAGCAAAUAAGGAUGGCAGAGAUCACCCACCAUGAGGCUGUUUUGCAUCUGAACAGCACUGGGAGAGAGCUGUCUAAGGAGAACGUUUGUGUUUGCGAUGCAUUUGCUUACCAGCUGAAAGAGACAAUGGAACUGCAGAAAAUCAAGCAGAAGUUAGAACAUGACAAAAUGGUUCUGUUACACGAGAAGGAAAUCAGUGAGGGUUUGAUGCGAAAAAAGAUCCUACAGAUCAAUCGCCAGAAAGCACAGAUUGGAGAUCUGCAGCGUAAGGUGGAAAAGCUGGAGAUGGCCUUAUGUCGCAUGACUGCCAGAGAGACCCAGAAAACACAGCUUCAGGCACAGAUAGGAAGCCAGGCAAGCACGGUGGAGAUCAAGAAACUGCAGCAGCUGCUAGAAAUGAAGGAUCGGGAGAUGAACCGAGUGAAGAAACUAGCCCGGAACAUCUUAAAUGAGAGGACUGAGGUGGAAAGGUUCUUCCUUGAUGCUCUGGAACAUGUGAAGCAGGAGAUCAUAGCCAAUAGAAAGGACUACAAGAAAAAGUCUCAAACUGCCUAUUACAGAAAAAUGAUGGAAGCAUGUGCAGGAAGGGAAGAAUUUCCCAAAAUCAAAACAUUCAAAAGCAACAUAAAUAGCACAAACAGUGUGUACAGAGACCUAGAGGAAGCAGAAAGAUGUUACUGGGAAAAAAUAGAGUUUGAGAAAGUGGACAUCAGUGAGUUGACAUGGGAACAAAAAGAACGUGUUCUGCGAUUGCUCUUUGCCAAAAUGAAUGGCGCAAAUCCAUAGAAAUACACCGAAGUUUUGGCUACUUGAGCUCCACCUCCUGAUGAUACUAAAGAAGAAAUCAAAAUUGGCACAGAAGAUGUUUCUCCCAACCCAAUAUUCAUUACACAGGAGACCAAAUUAUCAGAUUCACUAUCUUCUGCAGUAAUCCUUCCACCUGUUCAGAUGUUACCACCACAGACAGAGUAA